CAGCCAUCCGUCCUGAUAAUCAUCACCAUCAUCAUCACUAUCUGCUCUUCUUCCUUGUGUUUGCAUCAUUUGUCGUUUGUCAAAGUCAGUAUGGUUGCAGGAACAGAGCGCACACUCGGCGACUUUCGCCAAUACCUCCCCGAUCUCUCCAUCCCGCGCUUCACUACAAUGAAGGAGCAGGAUGCGCACGAAUACGCCGACGCAUUCAAGACCAACAAACAGCCGCCGUGGGUCCAUGCUCUUUACAUGCACUGGCUCAAGUUGUACUCAGAUUCAUUUAAGGGAGUUACGUCUGAUGGUAAAGUUGAGCCUGGUCUCUAUCAGCUGCAGGAUGAUGAGAUCCCUAUCGACAAGAUCGUUGCUACCGCCAACACCCUUCUCGGUCUUUUGAGCGACGACCAAAAAAAGAAAAUGCUCUAUCAUGUUGAUUCUCCCGAAUGGCGCACUUGGAGUAACCCUGAAUUCUUGUUGAGCGACAAGGGCAUCCGUCUCGAUGAACUAUCAGCAGAGGUUCGCGAUGCAGCACUGGCAGUCGUUCAAAGCACUUUGUCUCCCGAGGGCUACGAGAAAGCGCUCUCGACAAUGCGUAUCAACGGUUUCCUAGGAGACUUGGUGAAGUCUCCGCGCGUCAUGAAUGAGUUUUCCUACAACCUGGUCUUUUUUGGCACUCCGUCGGCCGACAGACCGUGGGGUUGGUCAUUCUACGGGCACCAUCUCUGCCUGAACGUGUUCUUCUACAAGCGACAACUCAUUCUCUCUCCUUGGUUCACCGGUGCUGAGCCCAAUCUCAUUGACGAGGGCAAGUACUCUGGUACGCGAAUCCUCUACCGCGAGGAAGAGCUAGGUCUGCGCUUGAUGCAGAGUCUGAGUGAUGACUUGAAAGCCAAAGCGCAGGUUUACAAGGAAAUGAAGGACCCUGCCAUGCCUCCUGGAAGAUGGAAUCGCGACGACCAGCGUCAUUUGUGUGGUGCCUACCGUGACAACCGGAUCGUCCCAUACGAGGGCGUUCUUGCGAGCGCGUUUGAUGCCUCUCAGAAAGAGCUGCUGUACGAUAUUCUUGAGCAGUACUUGCUCUUUCUACCCGAGAAAGCGCGCAAGCUGCGCAUUGAGCACAUCAGAAAGUACGAGUCUGAGACCUACUUCUCGUGGAUCGGUGGCUACGACGACAGCUCGCCAUUCUACUACCGCAUACAGAGCCCUGUUAUUCUCACCGAGUUUGACCACCACUCGGGCGUCUUCCUCACUAACGAACAGCCGGGGAAGUUCCAUGUCCACACUCUGCUGCGCACGCCCAACGGCGGCGACUACGGAUAUGCGCUUCGGCCGCUCAUCCCGCCAAUCGAGGGUGCCGAGGGAACUGAGAUUGUGUGGUGAUCAAAGUGUGAUUGAUGAUGUUGUAUUAGACCAUAGUUGAAUAUGUCACUGUAUUUCCUGCCGUAUAUUCUUGCCCUCGGAAGCCUCCCGGACCGCACCG